CACUAACAACACGAACAACACGAGAGCCAACCGUUCCAGCUUCAGUACAACUUUUACCGAGGAGUUGUGUGAAGACCAUGGCGACUUCUACAUCUACAUUGCCCACCCCUCCAACAUUGAGAUUUGAGAAUGGGAGUAAGCUAGUUCCUGGCGAUCGGAUUGGGACCAUUCAGCAAGUGCUUCCUGGAAUUGGGACUUACGCCAAACGAGGCAACAUCUACUCCAGUGUAUUGGGUCGUAUGGACAUGUCCCCUUGCAACGAUCUGGAAGAACCACAAUUCACAGUGUCGGUCCAACCACAGCGUCCUCUGGCGUCUCUACAAGUCCUGUCGGUGGGACAAAUUGUCCUAGCGCGUGUCUUGCGUGUGGCAGCACCCCAAGCCACAGUGGCAAUUGUUGCCACGGCUCAAGGUGGCCGUCUGAAUAGCGCAUCCGAAGGCUCAAUUCCACGAGAAGAAUGCGUCAAAUCGGGUGCGGUCACGAGAGAAGUUCAUGAAUGCUUUCAACCCGGUGAUAUCGUCUUGGCCAAGAUUUUGUCUACGGGCGAUACCCGGAGAUAUACCCUUACCACGGCCGAGGCAGAAUUGGGUGUCAUUCAUGCCGUCUGUCACUCCAGUGGAAAACCCAUGAUUCCCUGCAGUUGGAAAGAAAUGGAAUGUCCUGACACCAACGUCAAGGAAUUGCGCAAAUGUGCCAAACCAAGAAAAGUCAUGGCGGUGGCUGCUGCUUUCUCUGAUUCUUGACUCAGCUGCAGGGGGCAAAACGGACGUCAAAAUUGAGCAGCGAACAUGGCGCACAACAUGGUCAUUGAGCAGAUGGAAAUUUGCACCAAUAUUUUGGGGAAGUGAUUGGGUCUCCAGUGCUAAUUUCUAUUGAAUUGAUUGGAUCCUUGCCUUUCGACUCCAUGUCUGCUUUCCAGCAAUCGUUCCCUGGCUCAAGAGGCUACAAUAAGCAUCCUUCAGUUUGCAGCCAGAAUGCGGCAAAAGUCUGCCCCUCUUGAUCGAUGGUGUUGAUAUGAUAGUGUGAUUGAUCCUUGGAGUGCCAACAAAGCUUGGGCGGUGCUGUGCAAGAAAUAAAGAUCCAGCUAUCUAUCUAGUAGUACCUUAGUGUUUGAUACGGUUUUGUUUUCACGUUGCACGUCA